UUCUUCCUCAAUUCCCCCAUCGGAUCAUCGAUCGCAAGAACCAUCGCCACGCGCGCGCGAGAGAAAUCUGUGUCUGCUCGAUCGGAUCAGAGCACAGCAGUAGCCAUGGCCUCCGCCGCCGCCGCCGCCGCCGCCGCGCAGGAAGGGAUCACUCACCGCGCCGUGAGAGGGGAUGGCGGCGAUGCUGCGGCGACGGCGGGUGGUGGCGAGGCGGCGAGCCGGGAUCCGAGGAAGGCGGGGCGCGCCAAGCGCGGGCUGCGGUCGCUCGCCGCCGCCGUGUCCGUGUCGGUUGCGCUGAUGGCCGCCUCGUUCUACGGCUCCGGGUCGGCGUCGGCGUCGGCGUCGGCGGCGAGGGUGACGGUCGCGCGGGCGGGGUCGGUGGCGGCGGAGGCGGUGAUGGCGCUGGCGGCGUGGAUGGUGUGGGCGGAGGGCGGGCUCCACCGCCGCCCCGGCGCGACGCUGGCGCCGUUCGUGGCGCAGCUGGUCGCCGCGCUGGCGUGGGCGCCGCUCGCGCUGGGGCUCGCCGCGCCCGCGGCCGGGCUGGCGUGCUGCGCGGCGAUGGCCGCCGGCGCCGCGGCGUGCGCGCGCGGGUUCGGCGGCGUCAACCCCGUCGCCGGCGACCUCGCCAAGCCGUGCGUCGCCUGGGCCGUCCUCCUCGCAGUCAUCAACUACAAGAUGAUGAACUGAUCGAUCAAAAGCUUGUGUCUUUUACGACGACAUGUGUGUGCAGUGUUUGCUAUGUUUGAUCUCCUCCUGUGAAUGUAAUGGAACACUGCCUGCAGUGGCAGCCACAGCUUCCUGAAUGUUUUGCUACAUUAUAUAAAUACAACUUCAGCUGCUUGUAUGUAAUGUACACUUGCUACUGGUUUUCCCUUCCCCUUUCU